GUAGAACACCUUUUACAGGUUUUCCUUUUCGUUUCUUGCUAUUUUUAUCAGUUUUAUAUUACACUAAAAAUAAAAUUAUAUAAAGACUUUUACUAUGUCUUCAAUUGAAUUUUUGGAACAAAAUUCAUGUGCGUUUUCGGUGCUGGCUUGCAUUUUCCUAACGUUCUCAUAUGUCGCUAGUUUAUACGUUUGGAAGACCAAAUUGAGCAGAGACCAUCCUUCGACGAUAAAACGAAGGUUUUUCAGUGUAUCAUGCAUGAUGCUUCUGGCCCCUUUCUUCACUCAAUAUUUUUUCACUGAAGAUACUACAAGGCUCGGGGACGUAUACGACCACUUAGGGCUUCGUACUUCAGGGCUUAUUAGUGCCUCUAUCUUGCCAUUACUUCUAACGGCUGUUUUAUUUUUGGGACCUCUGACUAUGCAGUUUUUAUCAGGCAUCUGGAAACUAUAUGCAGAGCCUGUGUACUGGGUAUCCAGUUGGCAGGACUGGGUUUGGGUGAGGAACCACUUCAUGGCACCGCUCAGCGAAGAAUGGGUUUUCCGGGCCUGCAUGAUGCCAUUAUUACUACAAUGCUUGGACCCAUUGACAGCAGUUUUCACGGGCCCAUUACUAUUUGGUGUUGCUCACUUCCACCACAUGUUUGAGCAGCUUAAGGCCGGGUUUGAGUUUAAAACGGCUUUAAUGAUCUCAACUUUCCAGUUCAUGUAUACAAGCUUGUUUGGGGCAUAUUCUGCAUACCUUUUUGUCAGAACUAGACAUUUCAUGGCCCCACUAGUCGCACAUAUGUUCUGCAACCACAUGGGCUUCCCCAACUUCGGCGAGAUCGGCCAGUUCCCCCCUCUACAACGAAUCACGAUCAUCUUCAACUUCCUCUUAGGCUUCGUCUUAUGGUGCUACCUCCUCACGCCUAUCACCAGCCCCGAUAUCUACGACAAUAGAUUGUACUCUGAAACGUGAAUAGGUUGUAAUUCGUUAGUUGUCAUCGUUCAUUCUCAAUUUCUGUAUUAGUAGGAUAAGUCUACGUAUUUUGCAGAGAGGUGGGUAAUUUUCGAAACAAGUGAAAUAUUUCAGUGUUAUAUAUAUGUGCGCGUGCUUUUGAUUUUUUGAAUAAUUUGACCGCAUAUAAAGAACUUAUCAGGAAAACAUUUACAAAACAAUUAUAAACCUAAUCAAUACGAUAUAGGUUUACAAGUGGCUGGGUAUUGUAAGUGCUUAUAUUUAUUUUUGACUUAAAACAGUUGCGUUCUACGUAACUAUUGUUAUUAAUUUUAUAAUGGGAAAAAAGUUCCCAAAUGUGUUUUCCUUGUCAUAUUUUAUUUUGUAUUGUUUAUUUGUUUUACUUUUGACAGUAUUUUGUAACAACUUGUCCGUUUGUAUAGUAUUAGUUAUAGACAAUUAUUACUAUCACACGUGACUAAUUACCUAUUGCACUAAAACAAUCUAGAUAUAUAAAUUCACAAUAUUGCUCAUUAGAUGAUUAUAAAGAUUGCUCUAAAUUCCAUGUUAUACUUAGUUUUAAGAUGGUAUUCGCCUCCAAAAUAUCUACAAAAGAAGUACCUACCGCAAAACUUGCUCAUCAUUCAUUACCAUCACAAACAUUUCCUGGCUUGAAAUUAGGUUGCGGGUCUGGACAUCGCAUGAUGGUAGCAUGACGGAGGAAACGUGUCAAAAAUCGAUGAUGUAAUUUAUGGACAGCCCCUAAACCGUAAAAUUAUUCGUACUAAGUUAUUUCAACUUAUAUCAACGAUGUUGUGGGUAUUCAUUUACACAGUACCUAGUGUACGCUACCACCUCUUAACCAGUAUUGUAUCCGCAUCACAUCACUGGAUCGAUGAUUCAACGCAAUAGUGACCUAGGUAUGAUCUAUUGAUCACAGCCACAAAGGCUUAUUUAUUUUAGAAGAUGUGUAAAAUCUAAGAAAAUCGUGACACCGAGUUUGACAGCCGAACUAAAUAGCGUUUUACACGAACCCAUAUUUUUCUAAGUAGCUAGUACUACCGCAUAACACACACACACACACACACACACACACACACACACACACACACACACACACACACACACACACACACACACACACACACACACACACCACACACAGGACAGGUCAGGGUCGUACAGGGGCAUCUACAUCAGCUGUUAAAUUCGAGGUACGCGCAUUUUCUUAGACUGUAUACCUCUUCUACCACCAAUAACUGUUUGCUAAACUUAAACUAUCUAUAUGAAAGGGGGUUUGCCAAAUUAUUAGUUUUAAGAAAGGUUUUAAAUGGGGUUGGCUAUAGGGUUGCCAGAUCGAAAGGCGCUAUUAUCGGGAAACAAUAUCAAUUUUUCGGGAUUUUGGGACUUAAUCGGGAAAAAAAGCAUUCAUAUUAAAGUAAUUGUAUUAAUAACAACGAUAUUUUACAUUACUGGCACUACGUCAGCUGCUCUGCCCAUAGACUUUUUUAUAUAAAAAUAGUAUAAAUUCUUUGAGAUCUUGAACAAACAAAAAACUCAACGCGGGUCGCUCGCUCGCUCGACGACAGUUCGGAACUUGAAAUUAUUGUUUUAUAUCGUGAAGCUGUUUUUCGGGACAAUUUUCACUUUGUCGGGAAUCGGGAACACAUGCUGAAAAUCGGGAGAAUCCCGCCAAAUCCCGACCAUCUGGCAA